AACGCUUCCGGUUAGGAAUCAUGGCCGCGGCCGUUCGAGAGUCACGUGUGAGUGCGGGGAAAAAGCUGAAAAAUUCACUAAAGAAGAAGGGGAAGAUGAAAAUGAUAUCCCCGGCUGCAGCAUCGGAGCUGGAAGAUACGGACAAAGAUGCUACCGAUAAUGAAGGUUCUGUAGGAAGCUGUGGAUCGGAAAAGGAUCACUUUUCCUCUGGUGAAGAAGCAGUAGAAGCUGACAAUGAGGAUGAAGCUGAGCCCUGUGACGAUGGCAGUGAAAAUGCUGUAGAAGCUAGCGUUGGAACUAACGUGGGCUGGGCAGAUGCCAUGGCUAAAGUCCUUCACAAGAAGACUCCUAAAAGUAAACCCGCCAUUCUGGUCAAAAACAAGGAGCUGGAAAAGGAAAAAGAGAAGUUAAAGCAAGAGAGACUAGAGAAAAGAAAACAGCUUGAUAAGAAGCGGGAAUGGGAAAUGAUGUGCAGAGUAAAGCCAGAUGUUGUCAAAGACAAAGAAACAGAGAGAAAUCUUCAGAGAAUUGCAACGAGGGGUGUGGUGCAAUUAUUUAAUGCUGUUCAAAAGCAUCAGAAGAACGUUGAUGAAAAGGUUAAAGAAGCUGGAGGCUCUAUUAGAAAGCGUGCUAAGCUGAUAUCAACUGUUUCCAAGAAAGAUUUCAUCAGUGUUCUCAGAGGAAUGGAUGGAAGCACAAAUGAGAAAUGUUUGACUGGGAAGAACUCAAAAGCCAAACAGACUGAAGCAAAAUCAGAAGAGGGCCCAGGAUGGGCUAUCCUACGUGAUAAUUUCAUGAUGGGAGCAUCCAUGAAAGACUGGGACAAAGGAAGUGAUGGACCAGAUGACAACAGACCGGGGUCUGGAAGUGACUCUGACACAUAAAGCUAUAUAAGAAACACAGUUUCCAUUUUAUUUUUCCUAGAAAAAUACUCGUGCUCUGAAAGUUGGGGAAUUAUAAAGAUACCAUUUGUAAGAGAGCCAAAAGACUUUCACUAUUAUCAACUUUGGUGUUUCUCUUUUUCAUGUAAACUUGGUUAAAAUGAUAUUUCAAACCUUGUAUAAUUUUAAGCAUUGUUCUUUAGAACGUUCGUAGAAAGAAAUACUUCUACUUGAGAUAUGCAUUUUGCCAAGUUCAUUAUAGGUUUACCUGUUGCUUUUGGAUAUUGGUGUUUUAUUUAAGUAUCACCAAGGGUUGUAGAAAUGCAAUAUCAAUUCAUAAUUAAAAUGAACUCCUUGAAGUUAAUAUUUUUCAGCCUCUAACUUACAGACCUAUAUAUGUAUAUUUUUUGUGGGGAAGGGUUGGUGUGUUUUUUUUGGUGAGCUAUUGAGAAAAACUAUGUAGCAAAUUUUUAAAUUACAGCAUUUCUGAUUUGGGGUGAUGAUUUUAUUUUUAGACACUCUGGCAAUUAUGAUUUAAGAAACAUCAAAUUUCUACUUUUAUAUUAUUUCCUUUUAUAUGCUAAGUAAUAUAUAUAAAUAAUGGCUUAGAUUUAUUUUAAGUGUUAGGUUAUUUUUGUAUGAGAGAUUUACUGAGGUGGAAAUUCUCAUAUUUAACUUAUGCAAUGAGGCAUAAUUUCUUAGGAAGCAUAUUUGACAUGUUCUCGUUUCUCUUAUUUUCCCUAAAUAUUUGAGUUAGCUUAAAUUCUUUUUUUAUGGACUGGCUGACCAGUGAAAUGGUAGUUAGACAACAGAUAGUCUGCAUCAGAUACUGCAUCUGAUCUGAGACUUGAUUUCUUAUAGUUGUCUUAAAGAUUAUUAAAUUGGCUGACUUUCAGAAUCUAGGUGUUAAACAAAAAGAGAAGAGAAAGCAGGGCUAUUUAAUAUCAUUCCAAAAUUUCUGUGAAACUGGGCCUAAGAUGCAAACUUUGUAGGGGAAUUAUUUAAUAAAAGUGAUCUGUUCUUUUUUAAAAGGGUCCAUCCCUUACUCCAUCUUUCCAUAGUAAAAAUAGUUCCCUCCUACUACCAAAUUGCACAUGCUUGCAUCUGUUAUAUAUCGAAGGAUAAUCCUCCCCUCAAAACUGUGCUAGAGCAGAGACGUUUAUAUUUGCAAACCCAUUUGGGUGUUACAAGUAUUAUGUAACCAAAGUUAAAUUAGUCCAUGGCCUGGUAUUUGUUAUCCUAAAGGAAGGUAUACAUCUAAGAUAUCAAAUGAUUAAACCAGCAGAGCUCAAAGUACAUUUUUGUAUGUAUCCAAACUUUUGAAAUUUAGUGUCUUCUUAAAUUAUAGAACUGCUAUUUUGUCAGUGUAAUAUAAGUAAAUGUGAACAACUAGUCCUCAGUAGUAACAUGAGCAUGCUAAACAUCUCAGUAUAACUUAACACAGAUAAAUAUUUCAGUACAACGUUACACGUAGAUAAUUUUGAGAAACAAAUUUGCAGCACCUAAAAACUUUUAUCUUCUCAGAAUUAAAGAUUUAACUUUUUUUUUCCUGCUA